AUGACCGACGACCAGCCCGACAAAUUCCCAGCCUACCACGGCGGCGAUGUCUCCAUCAUGAUCUCUCCUACCCAGCCACUUUAUCGCCUCUACCGCAACGUCCUGAUCGAGCACAGCUCUACCUUUAACGACAUCCUCACCACAGAGACAGCGGCGAAGCUCAGCCAAGCCGCGAUCAAGAAGGGACGCCGCAUUAAGUACCACCUCGAGCUCAAGAUGGUCAAGAACAGGGAUGCGAUACCGCAUUUCAACCUCGAGCAGUAUUUGAUAGACGAGCGUGGUCAGUUCAAUAGCCCUACUUCAAAGGUGAUUGCUUUCCAGAACGGCUUACCACAAGACCCUUACCAUAUUGCUUGGGACGCCGUCCUUGGCGCUCUGAACAACAUACCCCUCCACCUGGGCGAUUUUGGCAAGGACACUCUCACCGACAUCCUCAACAAUGCCGUCAGGAUCACGGAGGUCGCUGAGCAUCUCGACUGCGUGAGUGAAGUCGAAAGAUUGGACUAUGCGAGCAACACUGACAUCAUGAAGAUCCCAGUCAUCACUCAACCCAUCGAGGCCAUCUUCCUCUCUACAGGCCAGGUCGUUCAAAAGUCGAUCUACAGUAACCCUGUGGCAUGGCUCGACUUCGCCUACCGAAUCCGCUCCAAGAUCCUGUUCCGUGAAGCGCUCAUCCACGCCACCGCCCAGUACUUUACUACACAGAGCCGGGACAACCUGUCGAGUCUUGACGACCAUGUCCACGCUUUCCUCAAGAAGAAGGCUGAACGCAUGAAGAAGAGCGUCAAAGACAGCUUCCUCCAGAUCAUGACUUACUUGCCGAACUACAUGCACCGCGAGGAGUCUCUUGGUCGUGCUGACAAGGACAGCAUCGGCCAGGCGAGCUACGCAAAGCAGGUCUACGAAUGGCAAGCUCUCAACAUCAUCCGUACGUGGGUCGGCAUGCAGAUCGCGUGCGAUGAGACACAUCAGGCUCAAGACAUGGGCAAGAGUGUAGUCGAUCCAAUCAUGCAAGGUGGCAACGCCUACUUGAGUAAGCCCGACCUCGUCGACUUCCACAGAUUCUGCCCGAUGACGAGCAAGGGCAAGAAUGCGCUCGAAGACCGCAUCAAUUUGAUCAAGGAGAACAUCAAGGGGUUUCUCAAGCCUCUCACGAAGAACAUGUCGCAGCUGGAUCUCAAAGGCUUGAAGGUCGAGUAUUUUACCUGCGUCAGGGUCGAUCACGACGAGUACCCGUGGGACACAAACGCGCAGGCUCACAACCAGAUUCAGCGCGACACGAGCGACGGUGCUGGGGAGAAAGAGGAUGAUGAGUACAAUGAGUACGGCGAAAUGAUUCCUGAGUGUGAUGAGGAGGAUGAGGAAAUGGAGAGCGAGGAUUGA